AUGGCGUCUCGACUCGCUCCCGGCCUCCGUCUCCUGGCUCGGAGACAGGUGCAGCUUUCCGCCCGUCGUCUCCCUCCGGCGCCGCUAGUGCCCGCCUUCCCCCGCUACCCUCAGCGCAACUUCUCCUCCACCCCCCGACGACGUGACGAGGACGAUGACCGCCGGCGCUCUUCCUCCUCCUCGUCCUCCUCCUCCUCCUCCUCCUCACGCUCCAACCAAAAGUCGGACCCCAACUCAGACACGAACCCGGACGGCUCCAAGAAAUCUUCGUACCAGCGUUUCAAGGAUCUGACAAAGACGUACGGCUCCUACGCCGUGCUCAUGUAUCUCGCGCUCUCCGCCGUGGACUAUUCGCUUUCGUUCGCCUUCGUGCAUGCGAUCGGCGUGGACAAGCUCGAGCCCUACGUCGACCGCAUGACGCAUGCGUACCGCUCCCUCCGGUACGGCAGCGAGGAGGCCGACCGCAUCCAGGCCGAGCACGAGGACCGUCAGGAGGCCGCCGCCGACGCCGCCGAGGAGAGGCGCACGGGUCACAAGAAGGAGGUCGCUUGGUACAAUAACAAGCAGCUCUGGGCCGAGGCCGCGCUCGCGUACCCCAUCCACAAGAUUUUGCUCCUCCCUGUCCGCGCGGGAUUGACUGUGGCGUGGACGCCAAAGGUCGUCAACUGGCUGAGGGCACGGGGAUGGAUUGGAGCGGCGGGCACGAAACGCGCAGCGCAGGAAGGCGCCGACUUUAUGCGCGAGCAGGGCAAGCGGGCCAUGGACGCGGCCAAGAAGGCGAGGAACCGCGACUAG